AUGAAGAGGAAGCUUGACUCAUUCCUCAAGGACAAGCAUUCACCCUCGAGCUAUAAAAUAGCAGCACUCUCAACCGCUUCGUCCUCAUCUCCAACUCGGCCAUCCAUCCGAGCCUCAAGCCCCGCCAUGGCUACAACUACAAUUCAGCUUACUCCUCGGGAACAGCAACUCCGUCGCCUUCUUCUCGAUGUCGCCAAGUCAAUAGACGAGGCCGGCACCGCGCCUGAGCCUAUUGUCCUUCGGUGGGCUGGUGGUUGGGUCCGCGACAAGCUCCUCAACAUCCAGAGUCACGAUAUUGAUGUUGCUAUCAAUGCCAUGACAGGUGUUCCGUUUGCUCAGCAUAUGUGCGACUACUGCGAACAGCCAGACGCCAUCGCCAAGCACGGUAUUGGUCCCGACGACAUUGGCAGCUUGCACAACGUUGCUCGCAACCCUGAGAAGUCCAAGCACUUGGAGACAGCAAUGGUCAAGAUUUUUGGUCUUGAUCUCGACUUUGUCAACCUUCGCAAGGAGACGUACACCGAGGACAGCCGCAAUCCCCAGAUGGAGUUUGGUACUGCUGAAGAGGAUGCUCGCCGCCGCGAUGCCACGGUGAACGCUCUAUUCUACAACCUACAUGACGAUCGCAUUGAGGAUUUCACGGGUGGACUAUCAGAUAUGGAUUCCAAGAUCAUAAAGACUCCCCUCGAACCUUUCCAAACCUUCAUGGAUGAUCCUCUACGGGUCCUACGUCUUGUCCGUUUCGCCAGCCGACUUCAGUUCACAAUUGACCCCGACACAAGAAAGUUCAUGGCGAAUCCCAAGGUUCUUGAAGCACUACGCCUCAAGAUCAGCCGAGAACGAGUUGGCGUGGAGCUGGAAAAGAUGUUGAAAGGCGCCCAUCCUUAUCAAAGCCUCGAGUUCAUUGAUGAGCUGCAGCUCUUCCCUGCCAUCUUCACAGACCCCACCCGAGAGGAUCUUCCUGUACCGGAUGACUCCCGGUGGAGAGUUGCCUACAGCUGCCUUCAAGACUUGCUGCAAGACCAAAGUCCAUCCUCCAUUGCUAGUCAACUGGUCCAAACCGACGACGCUACCUAUACUGCCUGGAAUCUCGCUGCUAUCUGCCCCUGGAUGACGGUCGAAGAGCCCCCGAAUUUCCGAAAGAAAGCAAAUUCCCUCCCACUUGUAGCAGUGGUCGCCCGUGAAGGCUUCAAAGCCCCAAAUAAGUUGUCAGACAUCAUUGCAGCCUCACAUCGACACCGCGAGGAGAUCAUGAAAUUGAAGAGAGGUGUUUACGAUGGAGAGUCGUUCAUCCAAGAGCGCGAUCGAUUUGGCAUGGCUAUUCGAAAAUGGGAUACUCCAGCAGGCUCGUGGAGGCUACAGGUGUUGAAUGCCCUGCUGGUCGAGGCCUUAGAAACUCUUCCAGAAUGGAGCCAAGAGAAGUCUCAGAUACGACAGGUGCUAACGUGGUUAGAACAAGAAGAGCUCGUCGCGGGCUGGGUAGCCUUCCUCGACCAUCUAGCCAAGCUGGAUGUCUGCGAUGCUCCAUCGCUAAAGCGUCUCCUAGACGGGCGCCAGCUGGCUAAAGCUCUAGGGACCAAGCCAGGGAAAUGGACUGGGCAAGCCCUUGACAUUUGCGUCGCAUGGCAGCUCCGUCAUCCCGGCGAGACUGACCCAGCUGGUGCUAUUGAAGAAGUGCGGAAGAGGCGCGAGGAGUUGGGGAUACGGUAG